AGAUCUAAAAGCAGGGGCUGGACUUGACUGAGGAGGGCAGUCAUGACAAUUUCUCAUGAUCCUUUGUGCACGGGUAGUAGAGCGAAGAGGAGACACGUUACACUGAGUCACUCAGACAGAGACGACGUGAACUCCUCGUGGCUGAAACCGACCGGCAAUUUGACUACAAGCCUAACUGAGGGGAAGCACACACAGGCGACAGAGGGGAAUAAGGCGGCAAAGUGGGACGCGUGUGUCUCCCGAGUGAGGAAGAAGAAAUAGAGAACAAAAUCAGCGAUGUCGGGGUUGAAAAAGAGAAAUUCAAAUUCCUCGGCAGACAGGGAGGAGGACAAGCAGGUCAUGGAAAAGAUGCUGGACAGCGGCGGGGAUAAGGUGAACUCCAACCAGGGUGGAGCACCGGGAAGCGACGCCAAGAGCCCCAACAACGCCUCCGAAGAAAAGGAAGGGGUCGCCCUGAAGAGAACAAUCACCCUGGUGAACGGCGUGGCCAUCAUCGUGGGCACCAUCAUAGGCUCGGGCAUCUUCAUCACACCCACCGGCGUGGUGAAAGAAGCCGGCUCGGUGGGUCUAUCGCUGGUAGUGUGGACAGUGUGUGGGGUGUUCUCCACGGUGGGAGCCCUUUGCUACGCGGAGCUGGGGACCACCAUCUCAAAGUCUGGCGGAGACUAUGCCUACAUCCUGGAGGUGUACGGCUCCCUACCGGCUUUCCUCAAACUCUGGAUCGAGUUGCUCAUCAUUCGGCCGUCCUCGCAGUACAUCGUCGCCUACGUUUUCGCCACCUACCUCAUCAAGCCCCUGUUCCCCGUGUGUGCGGUGCCGGAGAAUGGGGCCAAGCUUGUGGCCUGCCUGUGCAUACUCUUGUUGACGUUUGUAAACUGCUACAGUGUGAAGGCAGCCACCAGAGUACAGGACUUCUUUGCUGCAGCAAAGCUGCUGGCACUUGGACUGAUCAUCAUCAUCGGCUUUGUCAAGAUUGGCCAAGGUGAUACAGACAUGCUUCUUCCAGAAAAUUCCUUCAAGGGGUCCAAAUAUGAGUUUGGUAGCAUAGGCCUCGCACUCUACAGCGGUCUGUUCGCCUACGGUGGCUGGAACUACUUGAAUUUUGUCACUGAGGAGAUGAUUGAGCCUUACAAAAACCUUCCUCGUGCCAUCAUCAUCUCUUUGCCCAUUGUGACGGCGGUGUAUGUACUGACCAACUUGGCUUAUUUUACCACCCUCUCCACUGAUCAGAUGCUCAACUCAGAGGCUGUGGCUGUGGAUUUUGGUAACAGACACCUGGGUCCAAUGGCGUGGAUCAUCCCAGUGUUUGUAGGUCUGUCCUGCUUUGGAUCAGUCAAUGGCUCUUUGUUCACAUCAUCCAGGUUGUUCUUUGUGGGUUCCCGGGAGGGUCACCUGCCCAGUCUGCUGUCAAUGAUCCACCCUAACCUGCUCACCCCACUGCCUUCGCUUCUGUUCACUUGCUUGAUGACACUGCUCUACGCCUUCUCCAACGACAUCUACUCCGUCAUAAACUUCUUCAGCUUCUUCAACUGGCUCUGCAUCGCCAUGGCAAUCGUCGGGAUGAUGUGGCUUCGUUACAAAAAGCCAGAACUGGAGCGACCGAUCAAGGUGAAUAUUCUCCUGCCGGUAAGUUUUGUGCUGGCCUGUCUCUUCCUCAUCAUCGUCUCCUUCUGGAAGACUCCGAAGGAGUGUGCGAUCGGCUUCGGCAUCAUUGCUACCGGCGUCCCUGUCUACUUACUCGGUGUGUAUUGGAAGACCAAACCCCAGUGGCUGUUGCAAGGAAUCUUCUCAACUACAGCCUUCUGUCAGAAGGUGAUGGAGGUGGUGCCUCAGGAGUCCUAAAAGCGAGUGGCCAUUCAGGUUGACCACUGAGCUCUGACAACCCAGCUGAUGAAACUCUGUUGACCCGCCACUCUGUCUCUCUCUCUCUCUCUUUCUCUCUCUCUCUCACUCCCACACAUACACACUCCCUGUCUGCUUGGUGCUGAUAAGGACCUGAUGAAGACAGAAACAUCUAUAUGUUUGAGACUACUGUGUGUGCAACUGUUUUUGUUUUGUUACUGACAUUUUUGCAGAUGUUAUGUUGAGUAUGGAUUGUUUUCAGUCACUGACUAUCCGUUCUAGGUUGUUAUGUGUUGUUGUUGUUUUUUAUGAUGCAUUUCAAUGAAUUGUUUUUAUUUUUUGUGAAUAUGUUCAUGUACAGGAACCCUCCUCAUCAGAACUCUGUUGUAAUUUAGCAAGUUGUGCCUUAUGUGACAAAUGAAGGUGUACCUUUCAGCUGUGGCAUGGGUUGUCAGUUGGUAGUUUAAGACUGUGGUCAGCUUAGACACUGUCCUGUGAACAGCUUGAAAAAGAGCUCUCGCGAGUUAAAACCAUUUGAAGCCAGGAGUUUUUUAUCUCCUAGAGUUGGGGUUAACAAGUUUUGUCAGGUGUUCAUGAAGGAUACUUUUGGUCCUGCUCUCAUUACAAAGCUCCUUUAGUUAAAAGUCUCAUGUUGUCUGUGUUGUUGCACAGUGCAGCAUGUCUGUCACGGUAACACAUGUGACCACCAGUGUCUGGUGUCUGUGGAGUGUUAGCCCAUCCUUUCUCUUGUUUUUGUGAUACUUUGCCAUUAGGAAGUCAUCUGUACUGCUGGUGAGCGAAGUUGAGCUUGGUGGGUUCUUAUUUAGUGUCAUGUUUUACUUUCAUCAGUCAGCCAAAUUAUAGACCUGCACAUGGGUAGUCAGUGGGUUAAGUUUACUUUGAAGUUAAUUUUUCUCUUAAGUCUUUGUUGAAAGUCUACUUACAUUACAUAUUAAUGUCUAAAGCAUAAACAUAAUACUGUGAGCUGAUGUCAUCUCACUGGAUUUGUGACAUUAAUUGCUAACAUGAACAUGAAAUCGUAUUUAGACUGUCACUGAAAAGUGGGUCAUAGUUUCAAAGUAUGGUCUGUUUUUUUGUGCUGCUGGUUAUUUUUUGGGUCAGUGAUCUCAUUUUCACUGUGGAUCAAUAUCUCUGCCAUUAAAACUCCAUUGUGCUGAGGGUGCUUAGGAGACAAUGUUUCAGUCUGUAUCCUAAAGCCAAUGAACUUUCCACACAGUGUCAGGGUAGAGCAGAGGGACUGUGUGUGUGUGUAGGUGGUGGUGGGUCUGUAUUAGGGAUUCAGUCAAUUUCUCGUAUCAUUUACUUUUACAGACACUAACAGGCGCUUGUGACAAUUACAUGUACAAUACUCUAUCACACAGUGUGUGUGUGUGUGUGUGUGUGUAUUUGGUGAAAGGUCAAAGAAGAUAAUACAAGUUGACAAACAACUGUGUGCUUCAGUCUGGAGAGAGAGCAAAUGGGAAAUUGAUUUAUUUUUGUUUUAUGGUGGGGCUGUGUUGAACGUGGUUGAAGAACAUCACAUUGUCACAUCACAGUAUGAACUUUUAUGUAACUUUUUAUUUCUCAUUCUCAUGUUUUGUUUUAACUUGUCCAUGCACAGAGACUGUUAGUGCUGCGUUAUUAACAUCGCCCUUCCUCCUGACAGCGGACCAAAAGUGCACGUUACUGUGGCAGCGUUGUUUCCAUAGAGACAAUGUGAAUACUGUAGAUCCAGCAGAGUUGUCACCAUGGAGACAGCACCGCCAGAUGCAGGAGAGGGUAAUGUGUGUAUUUUUUUAGACAUAGAAUCUUUCUAACACUCCAGCCAUCACACAAAGCUGAUGGGAAACUAACAUGAAUAGGACUGUAGAAGGUUUAUUUAUUUAUUUUUAGACAACUUUGUUGUUUAUUGUCAUUAGUCCUUCUAAUUUGUUUACAGGGCAUUUCAUGGAAAGUGCUUUACAAAUAAAUCUUGAGGUUUUUUUCCA